UCUGCGUUGGGCGAAACAUAACCUUCCCUAACUGUCAACAUCAUCACUGUUCUUCAAAACUUGUAGGAACAAUCAAAGGAAAAGAUUUCUUUACUGUCCCUUUUCCACUCCACGUUUGGAUAAGUAAAAUUCUAUUCAAAAUUCCAAUGGAACGGUAAAAGUGUUCUGCUAAGAACUGAUUUCAUAAAAUAGUUCUUUGAGUGCCUAAAGUAGAUACUUAAAUAUCUAUCUCUGGUUUAUCUCUGAGACCUCUGACUCAGAAUGUCGCAUCAAACCGGAAUUAAAGCUAACCAAGAAUUGAAGACUUUCUUUGGAAAGUGCAGGGAUGGAAACAUACGAGUCUUCAAAAUAUCAAUUGAAAAUGAGCAACUAGUUCUGGCCGCCCAUGAGAAUGCCAAAGGAACUUGGGAAGAUGAUUAUGACAAGCUUGUCGUUCCUCUCACAUCAGAAUCCAUGCCGUGCUUCCUCCUCUACAGAUUGGACACAAAAGACAGUACUGGAGCAUACUACUGGAUGUUGAUCAGUUGGUCCCCUGAUGAUGCUCCUGUUCGUCACAAAAUGUUGUACGCAUCCACUAAGGCAACUCUAAAGCAAGAGUUUGGUAGUGGACAAAUUAAGGAGGAGCUCCAUGGGACAGUUAAGGAGGACAUUACAUUGAGUGGUUUCCGGAAACACAAAAAAAAUGAGAGUGCACCUGCUCCACUCACAUCUCGUGAAGAAGAAUUGGCUGAGCUUCGUCGCUCUGAAAGAAGUGUUGCAGCCAAUGUCGGGGUUGAUACCAGACAGCAGACUCUUGGAGGUGUGGCAUUUCCUAUGACUGAUGACGCCCGUCAGGCUGUCAUUCGAAUGGCGGAUAAGCGCCAUGGUUAUGUUCAACUCCGGAUAGAUCUUGACGAGGAAAGAAUUCACCUCGUCAGUGCUGGAGAUGUGAGUGUAGACAAACUUCCGUCUAAAGUUCCUUCUGACAGUGCUCGUUAUCACCUGUACAACUUCAAACAUACACAUGAAGGAGAUUAUUUGGAAUCUGUUGUAUUUAUCUAUUCAAUGCCUGGAUAUUCCUGCUCCAUCAAGGAGAGAAUGCUGUAUUCAAGCUGUAAAGCACCAUUGCUAAGUGAUAUUGAGCAAAAUAUUGGAUUAGUUGUAACUAAGAAGCUGGAAAUUGAUUCUGGAGCAGAGCUCACUGAGGAAUUCUUGCUUGAUGAGAUCCAUCCUAAGAAGUGUCUUCACCGCCCCAAAUUUGCCAAACCCAAAGGACCUCCCAAUCGUGGUGCCAAACGUCUUACUAAGCCUCAAUCUACUCCAUCAGAAUAAAUAGUCACAUGUCCAAAUCAGUAUUAAUUUAUGGUGCUACCUGUCAUUA